AAUCUUGAAUGCAUGUCACGUAACUCUCUUCUCCUUCUCUAUUAAGAAAGCCACUUUCUUCUUCUCUCCCUAUAUAUAUAUAUAUACACACACACACACACACACUUAUAUGGAUAUACAUGCAUAUAAAUUACAUAUUUAUACACAUUUGAUCAUAUAUUAAGACAUAUUUUUUUGGCGAAAAGAGGAGAAUGGGUGCAUUCGAUUAUAUCUCUAGCUUUUGUUCAUAUACAUACUCUAAUGCAAAAACCAAGCGUAAGCCAUUGCAGACAGUGGAUAUCAAGGUGAAAAUGGACUGUGAUGGUUGCGAAAGAAGAGUUAAAAACGUGGUUCGUCGCAUGAAAGGCGUGAAAUCGGUGGAGGUGAACCGGAAACAAAGCCGGAUAACGGUCAACGGGCAUGUGGAUCCAAACAAGGUGUUGAAGAGAGUGAAGAGCACAGGGAAAAAGGCAGAGUUUUGGCCUUACAUACCUCAGCAUAUGGUCUAUUACCCUUUUGCUCCUGGCAUGUACGACAAACGCGCACCCGCAGGCCACAUCCGCAAUCCCACACAAGCGUUUCCAGCCGCAAACACACCUGGUGAAAACUACGUUUCCCUCUUCAGCGACGACAACGUCCAAGGCGCUUGUUCCAUCAUGUGAAUUAUGAGAAGAAAGAUAAUGUCUUUGUGUUUUUGUAUACUUUUGCUACUUUCAUUCUCAUACGAAAUCAAAAGGUAAGGUAAAGACUAUGUAAUAAAUAACAGAGACCAUUUUCAACGGAAUCAAAUAAAACAAUACAAUGUAGAUAGUGUUAUAUAAAAUUGUGUACGUUUUGUAGAUGAUUAUAUUUAGAAUACGG